CUAAUCGAAGCAGCUACUUAGUACAUGUAAAAGCCAACCCCCGACCCCCCAUCGAAAACGAAUACAUUCCUCGAGAAGGCUCAAAUAUAGGACUUAAUUAAUCUAACCCCCCUAGUAACGAAGUAACGCGACUAAACCUAACCCACCCCCCCAAAAAAAAAAUACAUAUAAAAAUACACACACAUACGUUAGUGAGUUCAGUUCUGUGUACGUACCAAUGUUUUGAGUGAAAGGAAAAUAUAUGAAAUAAAAAAAUGUUGCCGCAACACUACUACAAGAACAAAUUGGGGUUCGAUCCCCGCGAAACGGUCAACGACGGACCGCCGGAAAAGUACAGGAGACAGGACGUGCCGCCCCAGGGAUACGAAGAGAAUUUGACCAAGUUCAAAGAUGAGCGAGACGCUGUCCAAAAGAAAACCUUCACGAAAUGGGUCAACAAACAUCUCAAAAAGAACUACACAUGCAUUCAUGUAUGUGUUAUGGUCAACAAUUCUCCAUGCUGUCCCCCAUCUGCUAGACGAAAUAUUUCGGAUCUAUUUGAGGACUUAAGAGAUGGACACAACUUGAUCACCCUCUUGGAAGUUCUAACUGGCGAACAACUUCCAAGGGAGAGGGGUCAAAUGAGGUUCCACAUGCUCCACAACAUAGAUACCGUAUUGAAUUUCUUACGGUUCAAAAGAAUAAAAUUAGUCAAUAUUAGAUCAGAAGAUAUUGUAGACGGCAACCCGAAGCUCAUAUUAGGUCUAAUAUGGACAAUCAUCCUCCACUUCCAGAUCUCCGACAUAAUCGUCGGCCAGACGGAACCGAACGUUUCGGCGAAGGACUAUCUGCUGCGAUGGGCGAAGCAAACGACACACAAGUAUCCCGGCGUCUCCGUCAAGGACUUCUCCAAAUCCUGGCGCGACGGUCUCGCCUUCAGCGCCAUCAUCAACCGCAACCGUCCCGAUCUGUUGGACUUCAGACAGGCGAAGAGCCAGCGCCCCAGGGAACGUAUGGAGAAGGUGUUCUACAUCGCCGAGAAGGAAUACGGUGUCACCAGGCUUUUGGAUCCAGAAGAUGUUGACACUCACGAACCAGAUGAGAAGUCACUCAUCACCUACAUUUCGUCGUUGCACGAAGUGUUCCCCGAACCGCCCACAAUUCACCCCCUUUACGACCCCCAGGCACAGGAGCGCGUGCACGAAUACAGAGAAGUGGCCACCAAGUUGCACGUGUGGAUUCGCGAAAAAUAUACACUCAUGCAAGACAGGAACUUCCCGCCGACUCUGAUCGAAAUGAAGAAGCUGGCCGCCGAGUCGGACAGGUUCCGUACCGACGAGGUGCCGCCACGCCAAAGGGACAAGAACUAUUGCCACCAGAUGUUCCGCGACUUGGAGAAGUACUUCAAGAGCGUCGGCGAGGUGGACAUCGAGCCCGAGCUCCACAUCGAGAACAUCGAGCGCAACUGGCAGCGACUGAUGCGAGCCCACGACGAGAGACACGGCCACAUCAACGACGAGAUCAAGCGGCUCGAGAAGCUCCAACGACUGGCCGAGAAAGUCCACAGGGAAAUUAAGCAAACCGAGAUCAAUCUAGACACGAUCGAAAAGAACAUUGAUACCGAAGCGAGAAAAAUCGACCGACUGCACCCGCUCGAAGCGAAGAAACUGGCCGAUCAGAUCGACCAAGAUCUGGCGAUCACCGAGCAGAACAUCCAGUCCCUGAAGGUGGACGUGAACACGCUCAAGAACGGCCGCUAUCCUAAUGCUGGCGAACUUGACCGGAGGGUGAACAAGCUGCACGAGAAGUGGGUUAGCCUCAGACACAUGUUGCACAAUAAGAUUGUGGGACAGCUGGCGAACAUGAGCUUCCCCAUGGAAGAGAGAACUGUCACCAAACACAUCCGUACCGUGCAGGAAACCAGGAAUGUUGAGACCAACCCGCACUUCCGGUCAUUGCAGGAACACAUCGAGUGGUGCAAGAAUAAAUUGAAGCAGCUGAAGAAGGCUGACUAUGGUACUGAUCUACCAUCCGUCCAAACCGAACGCGACAUUCAUCAGCGCGAACACAGAACAAUCGAUCAAUUCCACUCCAAGGUGGAUGCCGCCGCAAAGGCCAGGCAAUAUUUCAACGGAGAGGAGUUGAAUUUGUACAAUCAACACUUGGGUCAGCUUCAGAAAAUCUACGCUGAACUGUUGACCUUCUCUACAAACAGAAUGACCGACUUGGAGACCUUACUGGACUUCAUUCAAUCAGCCACCAACGAAUUGCAGUGGCUCAACGAGAAAGAAGAAAUUGAAGUUACCAGAGACUGGAGCGACACCAAGAUGAAUGUGAACGCCAUCGAAAAAUACUUUGAACAAGUAUAUAAUUCCGGAGGAGAGCACUUAAUGAAUGAUUUGGAGAAACGAGAAAUCCAAGUAACUGCAGUUUUGGAACGAGGUGAAGCUCUCAUUCUUCAAAACCACCCGGCUACAAAAGCCAUCGAAGAACACGUAGCUGCUAUAAACGCCCAAUGGGCUUGGCUUCUUCAGUUGACACACUGUUUGGAAACCCAUCUUCAAAAUACCAGAGUUUACCAACAGUUCUACAGAGAUGUACAGACUGCCGAAGAGUGGCUUAAAGAGAAAGACGAUAUCAUGAACAAUGACUUCAGCCAAGGUGAUUUCACUCUGGAUGUUGGCGAAAAACUGUUGCAAGGCAUGCAAGCUUUAAGAGAUGAACUAAACAGCUUCGGCGAUCAAGUGCAGACGUUGAGCAACAGGGCUCAAGAAGUUGUUCCAUUGAAACAACGCAGACAACCCGUAACAAGGCCACUCAAUGUCACCGCAAUCUGCAAUUACAAACAAAACAAUUUUGUAAUCGAAAAGAACAGAGAGUGCUCCCUUACCGACAACUCGGGUCGCAUUAAAUGGCGCGUACACAACGAAAAGGGCGUAGAAGCCCAAGUGCCCGGAGUCUGCUUCGUAAUUCCACCACCGGAUAAAGAGGCUCUCGACGCCGUCGACCGUUUAAGACGUCAGUAUGACAGAUCCAUUGCGCUGUGGCAGAAGAAACAACUGCGCAUGCGUCAGAACAUGAUCUUCGCCACCAUCAAGGUCGUGAAGAGCUGGGACUUGCCACAAUUUAUUGCCAUCGGAGCCGAACAAAGAAAUGCCAUCAGAAGAGCUCUGAAUGAAGACGCUGACAAGUUGAUGGCUGAAGGUGAUCCCUCAGAUCCACAACUCAGGAGAUUGAAGAGGGAAAUGGAUGAAGUCAACCGCCUCUUCGACGAAUUCGAGAAGAGAGCGCGUGCGGAAGAGGAAAGCAAGAACCAGACACGCGUGUUCAACACUCAGAUAUCCAAUUUGCAGCAGGCCUUAGAUGAAGCCGAGAGAGUAAUCAACAAGCGUGUAGCAGCCAAUUUGCCAAGGGACAUCGACACCUUGCAGCAUCUAGUCUUAGAACAUAAGGAAUUUGAAUCGAGGUUACAAAAUCUGGAACCAGAAAUUGAACAAGUCAAAGACACGUUCAGGUCGAUCACUCUCAAAACGCCGCAGCACAAAAAGGACCUGGAAAAGGUCUUGGACAAAUGGAAGUACAUUUGGGAUACCAGCAAUUUGUACGUAGAACGCUUGAAAUGCAUUGAAAUUGUGCUGAACGGCAUGGAAGAAGCCUCCCACGUCAUCUCUGAAUUCGAACACAAGCUUGCCAUGUUUGAUGAGCUUCCAAAGACCAAGAAGGGCUUGGAAAAUGUUCAUGAUAAUCUGUUGAAACUGGAAUCGGCUGUUGGCCAACAACAAAUCGCCAUGGAUCAACUGAACGACGACUUCGACAACACCAGACGUCUCACGGAGAAGUCCCGUCUGAACCAACGCGGUCCUCACGCCGAUGUCGAAAGAUUGGACAAGGACGUACAGAAAUUGAACAGCAGGUGGAGCAACGUAUGCUCACAGCUGGCGGAUAGGCUCCGUGGAUGCACUCAAGCCUACGACCUGCUGAAGAACUACCAAGAAGCCAAGCAAGUUGAGGACGGUUGGCUGGACGAACAGUACGGUAAAUUGGAGAACUUAGCACCCAUCAAAGACAGAGCUAAAGAACAGCUCGACGCCACAAGGAACCUACUAAAUACAGUAACUGAACGUACCCCCAAAAUUGAACAAGUUAAUGUCAAUGGCGGUAGAUUUAUAAGGGAAGGCAAGAUCUGGAGCAAGGGCCUGCAGCGGUUCCGCGAGGCUCUGCUCGAGGCCCAGCCGUCGCUCGACGCCAACACCGCCUUUCGCAACGCCAGGGGACAGAGCCCAACGGGGGCGGAUCAGGUGGCGCAGGAGCUGGACGAGUUCAACGCACGCUAUCAAUUCCUGUUGGACUCCUUGUACGAUCGGCUCAGGGACAUCGCUGACCGUUGUCCUGGUGACAUAGUAACUUUGAGGAUCGUGGAACAAUGUGAGCCUCAGCCAUUUAAAACCUUCAGGUCAGAAUUCCAUAUGAGCAGUGCCAAUGAACACACAUCGACAUUCACCACAACGACUUACUACAGCAAACAGUACACACAAACGAAGUCGACACGAACGGAAAACGGCACCACAAUUAAAAUAACGGACGACCGUCCGAACGUGAUACACGACGAAACGGACCGAAUUACGAACGGUCGUCCGCCGGACAAGCACACCACCCUCACCCAAAUCACACCCGAGCCCCAGCCAUGGGGUCAGACGAUGAAGUUCAGCGAGAUCAGAUCGCUGAAGCGGGUGCACGUGGUGAACGAGGGCAUCGGCACCGAGAACCCGCUUGAAGUGGCCGGCAUCAUGAACCCGUACACGGGCGAAUGGAUGACCAUUAAAGAGGCCAUCGAGUCUAGAGUGCUGGACACCAGGACCGGUAAAAUAAUAGCUAAGCCUGACGGUACUCAGUUGACCAUUGAGGAGGCACACCGUCAAGGUCUCAUACAGACUGUGAUUGUGGAAGCCCUGCAAAGACCCUGCGGGGUGAAAGAGCACGGCAGGAAUCUGACGCUUUUGGAGGCCAUACAACGGGGCAUCCACGAAGCCGAGAUAAUGGCGAUGGAUCCAUCCGAGAAACGUGCCAAGGUAAUUCACACCAUAUCGGUCGGUCAGGGUAUUGAAGAUGGAAAAAUCGAUGUGAAUAACGGCACAUACAGACUCGAAAGCGGCGAAUUGAUUGACAUACAAGAGGCGAUCAAGAAGGGCUACCUCCUUCAGCACAGGGAAGUUAAACUGCAGACUAGCGCGGUACCGCUCUCUGAUGCAAUCAAUCAAGGUCUGAUCGAUGAAAGAACGGGUUGGAUUGUGGAUAAGAACACCGGUAAUAAGUAUCAAGUAGACGCGGCCAUUAAAUGCAACGUACUUGACGGCGACGUUCGUGAAAUAGUCGAUCCUAAAACCGACAACAAAGUCACUGUGAUGGAAGCACUAGAUAAAAGUAUUAUUAACUGUAAACUAGGUAAAUAUGUGUUAGGUCAUGAAAAAAUCUCGUUCCUAGAAGCCAAACGGAGGCAACUAAUAGUAAAACCAAAAUCUCUCAAAGAAGUCGUGGACGACAAUCUUAUGGACCCUCAAGGGUACAUAUUGUCGCCAUUGAAUCAAGAAAAAUUAACGCUUCCCGAGGCUGCCAAUCGCGGCGUCCUAGAUACAGAUUCAAUUAGGUCAAUUUUCGAUUUUAGGAAGAGCGAGCUUAUCACUUUAAACGAAGCGUUACGCGACGGUAUUAUAUUACCCGAUAGCAAAUUUAGAAACUCAGUCACUGGCGAAAUUAUCAGCAUCCCGGAAGCCGUCAGUCGGGGAUACAUCCAUUCUAUAGUUGUAAAAUCAAUAUUUGAUAUAGACGGCUUCCAACCACCAGACAAAUCAGAACACAUUAGUUUCAACGCGGCGGUUUCUAAAGGUUUCAUCAGCCAAAAAGACGGCGGUAGCUUGUUGGUUAACAAAAAGAGCGGAAAACUGCUUCCAUUUACUGACGGUGUACAAUCUGGCGAGGUAAAACCGAAAGUAUUGGAGUAUUUGACCCAGAAAAUAGGUAUUUAUGAAAAUCAAGAAGAACUUACCGUCCUCGAAGCCGUGUUCCGCGGAUAUAUUGAUACAAAAACGGGUAAUCUUAUAGAUAUUAAAACACAUAAAGUAGUAUAUCUUAAUGAUGCUAUUGCACAAAAUUUAAUUACUCCCGAAGGUGCCUCUUUGCUUAAUAGUUUGCUUAAUAUAAUUGUAAAUACACAGAACACUGGUACUAUAGUGCAACGCUAUGUCACUGUUACUAAUAAACAAAUUAAAACCAAUAUUAUUACAUAUACAGACGCAUUAAGAGCUGGUCUUAUUAACAAUGAAACACAAAUGUUUAGAGACCCAGAAACAAAUGAAAUCGUUCCUAUUGUCCAAGCCAUCAGUGAUGGCAAACUAGCCCCCGAUUCCGAAAGUUCCGAUCUUACCAUAAACACCGGUGCCAUUCCUAAAGUCCCAUCAUCCACCGUAAUCACUAUUGUUAGUAAGAAAGAAACUCCGCUUCCUAGACCAUCUGCAGCUACUAUUGAUUUCAUUACCAAUGAAAAAUCAUCUUUAGAAAAACAAGUAUACGAACUCCCAGUUGAAGGCUGGUCCUUGACUGAUGCUAUAGCCACUAAGAUCUUCGAUCCGGUCACUGGACUGUAUAUUAUUCCGGGUACCGAUCGUCUCACCAGCUUCGAGGAAUGUGUUAACCUUAAAAUAAUUAAUCCAUCAUCUGCCUCAGUUAUCGAUCCCAUAAGUAAACGUAAAAUAAGUAUCACUCGCGCUUUAGAAAAGAAAAUCUUAGAUCCUACCGGUCAUUACAUAGCGGAUGGUAAGAAAAUUUCAAUGAUGGAAGCCAUUUCCAAACAGCUCAUCAUCCCAGAACAAGCCAUGGAAACAGAUCAAUCAAACCAGAGACUCUUACAAGUAACCAAAUUCGACGGCCAACCCGCCAAAGUCGAAGUAUCUGACGUCAUAGAUAAAAACCCACCGCAGUACACCGAACUCAAAAUUUCAGAAAUACACAGUUCAGAACCGGUUCAAAUAAAACCAGGUGUAAUUUACGACCCUGCAACUGCCCAAGUUACAUUUACGGACACCAACGAAACCGCUAACCUGGUGGCGUCCGUUGUCGCAAACAAAAUUCAACACUCAUUCGUAUUAGUUAAAGACCCAACAACUGGACAAAAAAUAACAAUAGACGAAGCUUUCAAAAAGAACAUAGUCGACCCAGUGACCGGGGACUACACAGACAACUCGGGUAGAAAAAUCAAACUGCAAGAUGCAGCUAAGUUCGGCAUUGUUUCCGUGUUAGGUUCACCGGAAACUGUUCAUAUCAAGACACUGAAGACCGAUACGAUAUCACUUGACGACGAAGACAUGCCUUCGGAAGCAGAUAAGACACGCGCCAGAAUAACAGUGGAGCCGUCUUUCCAAGUGAAAUUCGGCAGGGCUCAGUCUCUCAGCCCAGACCGUGAAGCCAAGCAAGUCGUAUUGCAAAAAUUGCGUAAGAAAUCUGUAAGACCGAAGGAUGCUGUAGAAAAAGGCAUGAUCGACAAAGAAACGGCAACCAUUUUAGAAAAGAGAGAAAUAUUUACUGCACCAGACGGUGAAGUUAUAACAUUACAAGAAGCUGUAGAUAGUAAUAAAGUAGAUGGAACUAAAGGAAAAAUUGUAGACCCGCAAAGAGGUGACUUGGUUAACAUAAAUGAAGCCAUGAACAGAGGUAUCCUUGACCCUAUGGGUACGAAUGAGUUGUUGGUGCCUUUAAAUCGUAGUCUCUCCAUUCCAGAGUUAUUCCAGCAGGGCCUUAUAGAUCCAGAGAGUCAAAAAGUAGUCCAUCCAGAAACUGGUGCUCACUUGAGCCUCCGCGAGGCUAUUGUCUGUGAUAUUGUAGAUCCAUUAAGUACUCUAGUUAAAAAAUCUGGCGAUGUAGUUACACUAGGUAAGGCUUUGGAAACGGGCGUGGUGGACGAUGAAAAAUCUACUGUCGAAACAUCCAAAGGCAAUGUAAAUCUGCAACACGCUGUUAAAGAAAAUAUAUUCGAUGAUAGUAUUCCAUCUGGACCAGAAAACAUUCCUCCAGCAGGUAUGACAUUCCCUGUAGCCGUUAAACGAGGUUUAGUAGUUGCAGAUAAGAAGGAAAUUACCCACCCAAUAACAAAAGAAAACAUUCCUCUUAAGGAGGCUAUUGAUAAAGACUUUAUUAUGUCAGUGCCUUAUCCCGUUAGUCCCGAGUCGAUAACUCUGGAAGAAGCAUUGGAAGCUAAAUUAAUAGAUUUAGACAAGAGUACAUUCACAAACCCCAAAAAUGGCGACAUACUCCCUAUUUCAGAAGCUGUUGAAAGAGGUUUACUAAUUAUUAAACAUCCUUCUGAACAAUUUUAUUUCACAGACGCUCUACCAUUUGUAACAACUACGACCGUAGAAAAUGGCGCAACCCACAUUGUAACCACUACCACUAUAAAUAUUUCACCAGACUACAUCAUGACAAACUCCAAAGAGGUACAAAACAUCCAUACUGGCGAGAUCAUAUCUCUCGAAGAGGCAGAGAAGCGAGGCAUUGUGGAAGUAAAUGAAUCGAAGAAUGUCACAGUUGUAAAAGAUAUAAAACUGAAGUUCCCUGAAACCGUAGCUACUGACUCAGGGACCACUGAACAGAUGCCAAUCAAAGAGGCACGUGAGGAAGAAAUUAUUACAGGUACAACUACCACCACCACCACCACAGAAACUCAAGAAACAAAAGUUAUUAAGGUUAGUGAAGUGGACACGAUCUAUGAUGAAAAGACAAGCACUUUCAUUAAUCCUAAUGAUAAAACUUCUAAAUUAACCUUCGAAGAAGCUUUAGAGAAGGAAAUCAUUGAUCCCAAGUCCGUCGUAUAUGAUGUUGAUUCACAAAAACCAAUACCUGUCCAAGCAGCUGUCGAGAAGGGAUUGCUUGAUCCUAAAACUGGUCAGAUUAAAGAUAAGAAAUCAGGUAAAAACAUUGACUUCAAAGACGCUGCUAAGAAGGGUCUUAUCGCUGUGGUUGGUGGCAUAGCUUUGCCAUUUGCAUUGCCAGUCGUAGCUGGAGCGGCAGCUGUUAAUGCCGUGAAAGAACAGAUCGCCAAGAGAAAAGACAAAACUCCUGAGAAAGAAACUGGAAAUAUUACAACAACUACUACUAGUGUGGUUACAAAAGUGGUAACGCCAACUGUAGAAAUUUCAAUCGAUCAAACUAGAGAUUUGACUCCAUAUACUAUCAAACAGGCAAUUAGUGAUCGUAGAAUAGAACCCAAAAUAUGUAGCAUCAAAUAUCAAGGAUCAGUUCUUCCUUACACCAUUCAAGAUGGUUUGGACAAUAAACGAAUUUCUCUUGAUAAUAUGAUACAAAUUCUUGACAAUCAUACAGUAGUACUCAUUGAUGUACCGGAAAGACUUAUUAUUUCUAAAAAUAUUACACCUCAAAAAUUGGCUGAAAUGGGUUAUUUCGAUCUUAAGACCAGAAACUUCUACGAUCCUAAAACAGGUGAAUAUAUUAAAUUUGAGACACUAAUUUAUGAUUUAGACUUAUUUGAUCCCGAUUCUAUUUAUGUCAAAGAUUUAUCCAAAAAGACUCCCAGUUAUGUCACCUUAAAUGAUGCUUUACGAAAACAUCUCAUUGAACGUAACACCGGUUACAUGGUCGAUCCUAGAACUGGUAAGAAGGUCGCAUUCUUUGAAGCUGUUAAGCUAAGAUGGAUUGUGCACAAGGAUGAUCUUCCCAAAGCCAAAUAUCAACCAUUGACACUUACCGAGAUUGUAGAUUCUGAAAACUUUGUUCCAGAAUCUGUGGAAAUUAUUUGUAACGAAGAAAAACUUCCUCUCAUCAAAGCAAUUACAUCAAAUAUUGUAGAUCCCAAAUCUGUUACUAUUAAAGACCCUAAGAAUAUGCAGUUGGUACCUUAUUAUGAGGCUGUAGACAAGCAAAUUGUAGAUCCCCAAAGAGGCCUUAUAGUUAACACAGCUACUCAGAAAACUAUCAAGUUCCCAGAAGCCUUUAUUCAAGGUUACGUUUUAGGCAUUCCUCGUCCAAUUUCUUUGCAAGCAGUCAUUCAUAAAGGUCAAUAUGAUCCUCAAACAGGUAAAUUUACAGACGGUCUAACCAAACAAAUGAUCACAGUUUCUGAAGCUAUAGAUAGACAAAUUAUUGACGACAAGAUCAGUGAAGUUAAAGACACCAAAGCUAACACAUUUGUACCUUUGGAAGAAGCUAUUAAAACUAACCUUAUCUUGCCUGAUAAAGGUAAACUAAAAGAUACUGCUACUGGAGAACUAGUACCGUUUGAUAGAGCUUUGCAACUGAAUCUUAUUAAAACCAAACCUAUCGUAUUUAAUCUUUUACAAGCUAUACUUUUGAAUUAUUACAACCCGAAAACAGGCAGAUUAUUAAAUCCAAUGACAGGUGAUGAGAUCACUCUUCAAAAAGCUAUUGAAUGCAAAUUAAUUGACCCUGAAACAACAAAAAUUAAAGACGAUAAACGUGCAAGAAUUGUUGAAAUUAAAGAAGCCAUUCAGACCAAAUUAGUCGAUGCUGAACAAGGUAUUCUCACUAAUCCUAUUUUGCCAUUAGAUCAAGCGUAUCUCAAGGGAUACAUUCUUAGUACGGUCUUACCUUGGUCACUCCAAGAAACUUUAGCACAAAAUGUAUAUGAUCCAAAGACAGGUCAAUUCACGAUUAAUAACAAUAAUGUUAACAUGAUUCAAGCCAUAGAAGGUGGUGUCAUAAAUCCAAACAUUUUAACUGUCAAAGAACCAUUAUCUGGAGAUAUUAUAACCUUAAAUGACGCCAUAAAACUGAAAAUCAUUGAUCCAGUCAAGGGACAGGCAUUUGAUCCAAGCUCCAAAACAGAAAUGAAUUUGUACGAAGCACAAGAUAAAGGUAUCAUCGUUCCAUACAAAACUCAAAUCACUCUGCCUGAGGCUGUAUUCAAAGGCUUCUAUGACCCAUCGACUGGUAAGUUCCUCAAUCCUAAGAGCAAAGAACGUCUCAAACCAGAAAGCGCGAUAAACCGAGGCUUCGUAGAUACUGGCUCCACUUUAGUCACCAUCGACGAAGAAAUCGUCACAUUCGAACAAGCCGUGUUGGAAGGUAUAAUUGAUACAAACGAAGGUGUCGUUAUUAGUGAACAAGAACCAAUCGAUUUCAACGAAGCCUUUGAACGUGGUCUCUUGGUGGAAGUACGUCCUCCAAUUCCAAUUAGUGAGGCAUUAGCUAAAGGAAUUUACGAUAAGGAAUCACAGUUGUUCCUUGAUCCACAAACCGGAUUAUACUUGACGUUAAUGGAAGCUAUUGAAAUUAAAUUAAUUGAUGCAGAAUCGGUGAGCGUGAAAGAUACCAGGGUUGGAAUUUGGAGAAAAAUAUCUCUCGUUGAUGCUAUCCUAAACAACUAUGUUGAUGGUAAUACUGGUCAAGUUAGGGACUUCUCCAAAGGUGAUAACUAUGAAGUGUCACUUGAAAAAGCAUUUGAUUUGGGCAUUUUGGUAGACAAUAAAGCUGCACUUUCAUUACAACGCGCCAUCCAUCAAGGUUUAUAUGACGAAAACACCGGUAAAAUAUUGGAUACCACCACUGAUCGAAAAGUUACCUUGCACGAAGCUGUACGCAAAUUCAAUAUUAAUCCUCUUUUGCCUUGCUACUACGACAAGAAAACAGGUGUCUUAUACAGUCUCACUGAUACUUGCAGAUUGGGAAUUAUAGAUAAACUUACUGGUACUUUCAAAGUACCUCACACUGACGAAGUAAUUAAAUUAACUGAAGCUCUCAGCAGAGGUCUUAUUGUAGAUAUUGAAACUGCAAACUUUGGUCUUUAUGAAGCUAUAUCUUUAGGUCUGUAUAUUCCCGAUGAGGGUCUUUUUAUUCACCCCGCCACUGGUCGUAAAUUUACUCUUCACGAUGCUUGCGAAAAUGAACUUAUUAACCCUGUUACGUCAAUUAUUAAAAAUACCCAAACCAAUAAAUAUGUUAAAUUACCCGAAGCUAUUGAAAUGAAAAUCAUAAAUCCAGAAGAAAGCAUUUACAUAUUCCCCCACGGUAAGAACAUUGACCUCCAAGCUGCUAAAGAUAAGGGAUUGAUUGUAACAGCCAGUACACCUCUUACGGUUGAGGAAGCAGUUAAACAAGCUCUUUACCGUCCUGAUUCUGGCAAAUUCGCCGAUCCAGUAAAUGGAGAGUUCUAUGAUUUGAAACAGGCUUUGAAAAUUAAAUUUAUCGAUCCUCAAACUACCGCUCUGAAGGACUUAACUAACAAUACUAUUAAAUCUCUGCCUGCCGCCAUCGAACAAGGUAAAAUUGACGUCGAGAAAGGUCGCGUUUUAGAUUCAAAAUCAAAGAAAACUUACAAUUUAGACGAAGCUCUUAAGAAGGGACUUUUAAUAACUCUUGAUAAACCCUUAGAGGAAGAAUUCGUACAAAAAUCGUUCGCAACUCAAGCCACGGAAGUAAAGACCACCCGCGAGUGUACUUUAGAGGAAGCCAUUAAGUUUGAAUUAUUAAAUCCGGAAAUUGCUGUUACCAAAGAUAGGCAGACGGGUCGCUUCAUUCCAGUUUCUAACGCGAUACAAGACAACCAAUUACAAGUGUCUAAAAUGUUAGUUUUCGAUCCACCAAAAGAAAAAAUUGCCUCCGUCGUCGUUACUUACGAUCAAGCCGUUCCGAUUUAUUUACGCGAGCCGUUGACUUUCUCUCAAGCCAUUGAAAAGAAUCACCUCGACCUUAACACUGGUAAAUUCACUGAACCACAAUCCAACGAAGUUUUAACCUUGAAGGAUUCCAUCAGUUUAGGUUUCAUUGAUCCUGAUUCCGUUCUGAUUAAGGACACGAACAAAAAGAAAUUGAUUAAAUGUCCCGAAGGCUUUAGGAAGGGUCUCAUUGACGCCGAUAAGGCCAACAUUUUGGACACUGCAACGUCCAAAUUACAUACCUUGCCGGCUGCAUUAGAUACGGGGUUGUUAGUUACGCCCAAUAGAAGUUUCACUUUGAUCGAAGGUAUCACUUAUAACUUCUAUAACCCGACAACUGGGUGUUUCACUGAUCCGUUUGUUAACACCGAUAUAAUAAAUAGGAAAAAGAUCACACUGGGCGAUGCCAUUAAAAACAAUUUAAUAGACCCAAGUAGCACUGUUGUCAAAGACACUGAAACGGGUGAAGUAUUGCCACUGCUGAACGCCAUACAGGCGAAACUCGUCGACCCCGUCGAGGGAAAGAUAUACGACAAAGCUGAAAAGAAAAACGUUGACUUCUUGAAAUCACUCGAAAGGGGUUUGUUACUACCAGCAGAGCAAUGGCAAGCCGUCGAAGAAAAGUUCCGUUUGUGCGACGAAACUUUGGCUAAACUUUUGGAAUGGAUUUCCGACGUGGAAAAUCGCAUUGCCAACCAGGAUGUAAUACACGAAGUCGAAGAAGAGCUCAGGAAUCAAAUCAAUACCAUGAAACAGAUCAGGGACGAUUUAGAUCAACAUGCUAGUCCAGUCGCCCAUUGCGGUGAACAAGUCAGACAAUUGGUGCUGAAAGCCGGCGACAUCUUAUCCAAGAGCGACGUUUCCGCCUUGGAAAAGAGCUCGCGCAACCUGAAAACUCGCUACGAAAGCGCAGUGGACCGUACUGAAAAACUGCUCACCAAAUUAUUGGCAGCUAACGAUGAACUGUCGAAAUUGAGGGACGAACUGAAAAUCUUUUCUGAAUGGUUGGGCAGAGCCCGCAGAACUCUGGAAGACAAAGAACGGGCCCUUAGCGACCUUCAAAGAUUGGAUUCCAGCGCUGAUGGCGUCAAAGAAUUCGUUGGCGAUGUCAUCGCUCAUCAAGCCGAUCUUAGGUUCAUCACCAUGUCUGCUCAAAAACUUGUCGACAAGGGCAAAGAAUAUCUAACUAUUCUUAAUAACACUCGUGCCAACCUGCGCUUGCACAACAUCGAGCCUUUGUCUUCUCAAGAUUCACCAGUAAGACAAGACGUUUCUCUAGUAACUAAACAGUACAAUGACCUCCUUCGUCGUGCCAAUAACUUGUCCGACCGUCUCUCUGGAGUUGGAAGCAUGCAACGGGAGUACUCCGAUGCUCUCGACAAAGCCAAGCAAUGGCUCAGAGAUGCUGAACCAAGAGCCCACAAACUGCUCAAUGAACAAAUUGCUGGUGAUCCGAAAACUGUUGAGGACCAAUUAAACAGAGCCAAAACUCUCAAUAAUGAAUUUGUAGCUAACGGAAGACUCAUCGACAAUGCUGAAGACGCCACCAACUGCCUGUUAAAAUCAUUGGAAGGACAACUGUCGCCUUCAGAAAUGUCUCGUCUCGAACAACCAGUAAUUGAUCUGAAGAACAAAUACAGACAACUCAGCGAUGCCCUUAGCAACAGAUGUCAGGAAUUGGACACAGCUCUUGUACAGUCUCAAGGCGUACAAGAUGCUCUUGACAGUCUUAUUGAUUGGUUGAACUCCGCAGAGAAUGCAUUCAAGAACAUGCAGCGACCCGCAUCCUUGAUAAAGGAACGUUUAGACGAACAACUCCGUGAACACCGUGUCUUCCAAUCAGACAUUGAUACGCAUAUUUCCUCUAUCGACUCGGUCUACUUGUCUGCAAGUGAACUGAUCAGCUCCUCCAGUAACCCCAGAGUCUCCAAACAAAUCGAAUCCAAACUUAAUGACGUCAAAUCCAGAUUCGAAAAACUGUUCGACCGUACCCAGAAACGUGGUGUUUUCUUGGAAGAAACCAAUCACAAUUUGACAUCCUUUAAUAACCAAGCUUCCGAAUUCGAGAAUUGGUACAAUGGCAUCAUAGAGAUGAUCGAUUCACGUGACUUCUCUAAACUGUCCAUUGAGGAAUAUGCCAGCCGUAUGAACACAAUCGCGGCCCACAGGGACAGCAAACAACAAUUAUUCGAAGACGCCGUUCGUCUAGGAAAAGAUCUCCUUAGUCAGCGGGAUGUUACUGAUACUGCCAAUGUAAGAGAAAGGGUCAAGUCCAUGGAGAAUCAAUGGAGAGAACUUAACAAUAUUCUGGAUGAGAAAGCUAAAUUAUCCAAAUUGAGAUCAGAACAAAUGAACGCGUAUGAAUUGUUAAGAGAACAAGUUCUGGAUUGGUUAUCUAAAAUGGAAAAUAAAGUUGCUCGUUUGGAUAUUGUCGCUGUCGACUUAGACACACUGAAGAAGCAAGCCGAAGAACUGAAACCAAUCUCUAAGGAUUACAGAGACUAUGCCCCUACCAUAGAUAAAAUCCACGAUAUCGGAAAUGCCUACGAUAAUCUAGUACGAAGUGAUAGACCAGAUUCUCCAUCUAGGAGACGAGGAGCGUUUAGUCCAAUUAAACGCCCAUCAUCAAAUCGCCGUCCAUCUCAAGAUGGUCGUUCACCAUCCCCUACCAAGGGCUUAAGUCCAUUGUCCACUGGUGGCUCAAGCGGAUUUUCGUCCCGAAGAAGCAGCCAAGAUGGAUUCCAUUUGGAAGAAAUGUCUCCUGUUCAGCAACAACUGUCUGAAAUUAGCAAUCGCUACAGCUUAUUAGGUGUCAAGAUCAACGACCGCCAUUCCGAAAUUGACUCAAUCAGGGAUGAAGUCAAGAAAUACCUGGAUAAUCUCAGAACACUCAGUGCAUUCUUGGACAAGGUUCAAAGGCAACUGCCCAAAGAUGUCGUACCAGCCACUAAAGACGAAGCUGACAAACUCAACAAACAAAUCAAGCAAGUUCUCGAAGAAAUGUAUGAAAAACAGUCUCUUUUGGACUCCACUAAGAGCCAGGUAAAAGACUUACUUAGGCGUAAACCAGGUGCCAUCGGUGCAGAUAACCUUAACGAUGAAAUGGAGGAUGUGGUAUCUCACUGGAAGAGUUUGAGUGAUCAUCUAAAGAACAGAAUCAAAUUCAUGGAAGAUAUGAACAAAUUCCACGAAACCCAUGACUCCUUGUCCUCCUGGUUGUCAGCUAAAGAUCGUAUGUUGACCGUUUUGGGACCAAUUUCCAGUGAUCCACGUAUGGUCCAAUCCCAGGUGCAACAGGUGCAAGUACUCCGCGAAGAAUUUAGAACUCAGCAACCACAACUUCAACAUCUCAUCAAUGUCGGUGACUCCGUUUUGUCUUAUCUGGAUAAUGGCUCACCUGACCAUCAAAAGAUCAAUAACAAGCUUGCUAACAUCCAACAAAGGUGGGCUGAUUUAUUAAGCAAACUGGAGGAACGUGCUGACUCCUUGGGUGCCGCCGCUGACACUAGCAGAGAAUUUGAUGCUCAACUGAGCCGCCUCCGCGAUGGUCUUCAAGGUAUUUCUGACGAAUUGGAUGAUUUACCAGCCGACAAAGAUCCCGAAGAACAAUUGCGCAAGGUUGAAAACCUGGAGAGGCAAUUGGAAGGUCAAAGACCGCUUCUUGCCGAUUUGGAAAGCAAGGGUGCUAGUUUGUGUGAAGUGUUGAGCGACCCUGCAUCCCAUGGAGAUAUCAGAGAUAAGCUUAAUCAAGUUAGACGUCAAUACAAUGCACUUGAAAAGAAAUUAGAACACAAGAAGGCAGAACUUGAAGGUUCGUUACGCGAUGGAAGACAAUUUGAAGCCUCUUGCGCCAAGACAUUAGGAUGGCUCACCGACCAACUUGGAUCACUCACAGAAAAACUGCUGGUAUCCGCCAAUCGCGAUGUUCUGGAACAACAGGUCAAUCAGCAUGAGCCUGUCUACAGAGACGUACUUUCUAGGGAGCAUGAAGUUAUUAUGCUUCUUAACAAAGGACGCGAUAUACUUGCGAAGAAUCACAAAUCCGAUGUCAGAUCUCUACAACGUGACAUCGACAAGAUCAACCAACAAUGGGAGAAACUUCGUAAGGAAGCCGUUGAAAGACACACCAGGUUACAAACAUGUAAAGAACAUUGCCGCAAAUAUUACAAUGUACUUGAAGCUUUCUUACCUUGGUUAAGACAGGCUGAAGACAAAUUGGAUACACUUAAACCAUCAUCCUUCCAACGCAAACAUAUUGAGAAACAACUUAAGGAACUGCAAAACUUUAGAAAUGAGGUUUGGAAGAAAUCUGGAGAAUACGAGAAUACUCGUACUUUGGGAGACUCAUUCGUAUCUGCUUGCGACAUCGAUAAGGAAUACGUGAAGGACGAAUUACAAGAUCUUAAAGAAAGGUGGGAUAAAUUGAACAAUGAUCUUUUGGAGCGCACUCAAGCUUUAGAAGAUCAAUCCAGAAAAUUAGCUGACUUCAACGAAAAUAUGAGAGAUCUUCAGCACGGACUGGAACGUUGUGAGGACAAACUUGCUUCGCAUGAUGCCCUUGGUGGAGCUGCCAAAGAUCCAAAAUUGUUAGACAGAAUCAAGGCUCUUAGAGAUGAAGCUGCUAAACUGAAGAAACCAUUACAAGCAGUAAGACAACAAGCUGAUGACUUAGUCCAUGAGGCCGCUGACAACGGAAUUGAUGCAACUCAUCUCAAAGAUGAAGUUGACGGUUUGGGAGAUCGUAUUGAUGAACUCCAAGGUAAACUAGACGACAGAUGCUCUCAAUUACAAUCUGCCGCUACAGCAGUCACCCAAUUUAACGACAAAGUCAAGGGUCUCACUACAGAUUUAUCUGGACUUGAAACAGAACUUGACAACAUGAAGCCACCAGGUCGCGAUGUUAAGACCGUACGCGAUCAAAUUGAUGAGGUUGAUAGAUUUAUCAAGAAAAUCGGCAAGGCAUCUGAUGCUGUUAACGACGCAAUAAACGAUGGUGAGCGAUUAGUUGACAGUGGUUUCGCGCCUGACACUCAACAAACCCGGCAACAAGUCGAAACACUCAAGAAACAACUGUCCAAGUUGGAUGACCGUGCACAAAAUCGCGAAAGAGAUCUUGAAAAUACCCUCAAAAAAUUGGAGGACUUCUAUCAAAAUCACUCCAAUGCUUUGGAAGAUCUCCGUGAAGCAGACAAUCAAGUCCGCAAGAUGAAACCAGUGGCUUCAGACGUGGACAACAUUCGUACGCAACAACAAGACUUUAAAAAAUUCAGAGCAAAGACCAUCGAACCUCUGGCUAAGGAAAUCGAUGCUUGCAACAGGCUUGGUCAAGGCUUAGUCCAAUCUGCUGGUCAUGGAGUUAACACAGCAGCCCUUGAGAAAGAUUUAGAAAAAAUGAAUGACCAAUGGAACGACCUCAAACAAAGAAUCAAUGACCGCGAAAGAAAAUUGGACAUUGCCCUAUUACAAUCAGGCAAGUUCCAAGAAGCUUUGGAUGGUCUGGCCAAAUGGUUGACCGACACCGAAGAACUAGUGGCAAAUCAAAAACCACCAUCCUCCGACUACAAGGUGGUUAAAGCACAACUUCAAGAGCAGAAGUUCUUGAAGAAAAUGCUUUUGGACCGUCAAGGCUCAAUGUCGUCUCUAUUCGGUAUGGGCAACGAUAUAGCUAAAGAAGCUGAACCAUCUGAGCGCAAGGCUAUUGAAAAACAACUCAAGGACCUGAUGGGACGUUUUGAUGCUCUCACUCAAGGUGCUCAACAACGUACAUUGGAUCUAGAACAGGCUAUGCGUGUUGCUAAGCAAUUCCAAGACAAAUUGAUUCCAUUACAAGAAUGGCUGGAUCGCACAGAGAAGACCGUCAAAGAUAUGGAAAUUAUCCCAACAGACGAAGAAAAGAUUCAGAGAAGAAUUCGUGAACAUGACCAAUUACACAAUGAGAUUUUGGAUAAGAAGCCUGACUUUAGCGAACUAGCUGAUAUCGCCUCUAAUCUUAUGGGAUUAGUUGGUGAAGAUGAGGGUGUAAUACUUGCCGACAACCUGCAAGAAGUGACUGACAGAUAUGGAGCUCUUGUUGAAGCCAGUGAACACAUUGGUGAAAUUCUUGCUGCUUCAAGACAAGGACUUAGACAUCUUGUACUGACUUACCAAGAUCUUGCCGCUUGGAUGGAUCAGAUGCACGACAAAUUAAAUAGAUACAACGUCCUCGCUGUCCACAAAGACAAACUUUUGGAACAAAUGGACCAUCUAACUGAUCUUACAGAAGAAAUUGCUAACCGCCAAGGGGAUGUCGAUGGAACAGUUGACGCUGGUGUAGAUCUUAUGCGUCACAUCUCCUCAGAUGAAGCGCUUCAGCUUAAAGAUAAACUCGACUCUCUACAAAGAAGAUACAAUGAACUCACAGGACGUGGCGCUGAUCUUUUGAAACAAGCCCAAACAAUGUUGCCGUUAGUACAGAAAUUCCAUGAAAAUCAUAACCAUCUUGUUGAUUGGAUGCAAGGAGCAGAAUCUAUUUUGCAAUCUGGUGAUCCAAAGGAAUCCGAUAUCGCUAAACUUGAAAUCGAAUUGCAAGAACUGAGACCUGUUUUGGAAACCAUUAACAUCGUUGGUCCAAAAUUGUGCCAAGUCAGUCCAGGUGAAGGUGCUGCAACUAUUGAAGGAUUGGUCUCGAGAGACAAUAGGCGGUUUGAUGCUAUUGCCGAACAAAUUCAGAGACGUGCUGAAAGAAUCACUCUUGGAAAACAACGUGCUCUUGAGGUUACUGCUGAUAUUGAUGAACUACUGGACUGGUUCAGAGAAGUUGAAAGUCAAAUUAGAGAUGCCGAUAAACCAUCAGCUGAACCGGAUCUUAUUCGUGUCCAACUUAAAGAACAUAAAGCACUUAAUGAUGAUAUUUCUAGUCAAAGAGGUCGCGUUCGCGAUGUUUUAGCCACUGCCAAGAAAGUGCUUAGGGAAAGUCCUCCAAGUGAUGACACCUCACUUAUCAGAGAAAAAAUGGAAGAUUUGCGGGAAACGAUGGACUCUGUAUCUGGUUUAAGCUCCGACAGAUUGGGAAUAUUAGAACAAGCGUUACAAUUCGCUGAUCAUUUCCAUGAUACCCACAACGGCUUGGUUAAUUGGUUAUCUGAUAUGGAAGAACAAGUCGCAAUGCUCUCCAUGCCCAGUUUGAGACCGGACUUGAUUGCUCAGCAACAAGACCGCAACGAAAUGUUUAUUCAGUCCAUCAAUGAACAUAAACCACUAGUAGACAAGCUUAACAAAACUGGUGAAGCUCUUAUCCGUCUGUGCAACGACGAUGACGGUGUUAAAGUACAAGAAUUACUGGACAGCGAUAACGCCAGGUAUUCUGCAUUGAAACUUGAACUUCGUGAAAGACAGGAAGCCUUAGAAAAAGCCCUGCAGGAUAGCUCUCAGUUCUCCGAUAAACUUGAAGGUAUGCUUCGUGCGUUGAGUAACACAGCUGAUCAAGUCAACAACUUGGAGCCAAUAUCCGCUCACGUUCCUAAAAUCAGGGAUCAAAUCGAUGACAAUGAUGCUAUCGUUGGCGACUUGGACAAACGAAAGCAAGCGUACGCUGCUGUGAAACGUGCCGCCGAUGAUAUCAUCAACAAGGCUGGCAACCGCGCCGAUCCUGCCAUUAAGGACAUCAAACGCAAACUCGACAAACUGAAGAACUUGUGGGAUGAUGUACAAAAAGCCACCGGAGACCGUGGUAAAUCUCUUAACGAUGCCUUGGAGGCGGCUCAGAAAUUCUGGACCGAGUUGCAUGCCAUUAUGGCCACGCUGAAGGAUCUCGAAGACUCGUUGAUCAGCCAAGAACCACCAGCAGUUGAGCCCAAGAAGAUUCAACAACAACAAGUGGCACUGCAAGAAAUCAGACACGAAAUUGACCAGACCAAACCUGAUGUAGACAAAGUACGAAGCAGCGGCAAGAAAUUGAUGCAGUUGUGCGGAGAACCCGACAAACCGGAAGUUAAGAAGCACAUUGAAGACCUGGAUAAUGCUUGGGACAACAUUACUGCCUUAUAUGCCAAGCGCGAAGAGAAUCUGAUUGAUGCCAUGGAGAAAGCAAUGGAAUUCCAUGAAACACUCCAGAACCUGUUGGCAUUCUUGGAGAAAGCAGAAAAUAAAUUCGAAAAGAUGGGUCCUCUUGGUUCAGACAUUGACCAAGUUAAGAAGCAAAUUGAUCAACUGAGCAGAUUUAAAUCGGAGGUUGAUCCACAGAUGGUUAAAGUAGAAGCUCUAAAUAGGAGUCUUAUAAGGCAAGCUCAAGAACUAACUGAAAGAACAACGGCUGAUCAAGCAUCGGCAAUUAAGGAACCAUUGGCAGCGGUCAACAGACGAUGGGAUAAUUUGUUGCGCGGCAUUGUUGAACGGCAAAGACAACUUGAAAAUGCCCUCCUGCGUCUUGGACAAUUCCAACAUGCUCUUAAUGAACUGUUGGUUUGGAUCAAGAAGACCGACAGAACAUUGGACGAGCUAAAACCAAUUGUUGGCGAUCCACAAAUGCUGGAAGUCGAACUUGCUAAGCUCAAAGUGUUGAUCAACGACAUCCAAGCCCAUCAAACCAGCGUGGACACUCUUAAUGACGCUGGUAGACAGAUUAUCGAAAGCGGCGAAGAUGAGGCUCAUGCCACUCAGGACAAACUCAACACACUUAACACUCAAUGGAGAGCUCUCAUGCAAAAAGCUGCCGAUAGGCAGAGAGAGCUGGAAGAUGCUCUUAACGACGCCCAGAGAUUCAACGCCGAAAUUCAAGACCUUCUGGCUUGGCUGGGUGAUGUUGACAGCAUUAUUGCCUCCAGUAAACCUGUUGGUGGCCUCCCUGAGACCGCUUCCGAACAACUCGAGAGGUUCAUGGAAGUGUACAAUGAAAUUGAAGACACCAGGCCCAAAGUUGAAACAGUUUUAGCCCAGGGACAAGAAUAUCUGAAGAAGAGUCCAAAUACUGCAUCAAACUUGCAGCACAAUUUGCGCACAUUGAAACAACGCUGGGAUUCAGUGACUGCAAGGGCCAAUGACAAGAAAAUCAAAUUGGAAAUUGCUCUUAAAGAAGCCACUGAGUUCCACGAAGCUCUUCAAGAAUUUGUGGAAUGGCUUACCAACGCCGAGAAAGUCCUUACAAAUCUCAAACCCGUUUCCAGAGUUUUGGAUUCCAUUCAACACCAAAUCGAAGAACACAAGGUCUUCCAAAAGGACGUUAACGCCCAUCGUGAGAUCAUGUUGAACUUGGACAAGAAGGGAACACACCUUAAAUACUUCAGUCAAAAACAAGAUGUAAUUCUAAUCAAAAAUCUGUUGAUUAGUGUUCAACACAGAUGGGAACGCGUUGCCUCCAAGACUGCAGAAAGGACAAGAGCCUUAGAUCUUGGUUACAAGGAGGCCAAGGAAUUCCAUGAUGCUUGGUCUGGUCUGAUGAACUGGUUAGACGAUACUGAACAAAGUCUGGAUGAUCUAGUCAACGACACUGUCGGAAAUGAUCCAGAAAAGAUUAAGAGCAGGCUGGCCAAACACCAGGAAUUCCAGAGAGCCAUUUCCGCUAAACAAGGUACUUACGAUAACGUAAUGAAAACAGGUAAACAACUCAAGGAUAAGGCACCAAAGACGGAUGAGCCAACCAUCAAAAACAUGCUGACAGAACUGAAAAACAAAUGGACUGCGGUGUGCAAUAAGAGCGUUGACAGACAAAGAAAACUGGAAGAAGCCUUAUUGUACUCAGGUCAGUUCAAGGACGCUAUUGCGGCUCUUAUGCAGUGGCUGAAGAAGGCUCAAAAAGAUUUAUCUGCUGAUACUCCCGUCCAUGGUGAUUUGGACACAGUGAACCAUCUUGUUGAUCUUCACCGAGUAUUUGAAGGUGAACUUGAAAGACGUAACGAACAAAUGGAAUCUGUAACUAGAACUGGACAGGAAUUGGAACGUAAGGCCAAUAGUAGCGAUGCUAGUCACAUUAAAGCUCAAAUUAUUGAACUUUCCGAAUUGUGGGAAAGUGUCACAUCCCUUACAUACGCCAAGUCCGACAAACUGAAGGACGCUCUCAGAGAAGCUGAACGUUUACACAAAUCUGUUCAUAUGAUUCUCGAAUGGCUUACCGAAGCUGAACAUAAGCUUAGGUUCGUAGGCAAUACACCGGAAGACGAAGCCACUGCUUACGAGCAACUGAGAGUAUUGGAUGAAUUCAGAGCACAACUCAGUGAGAAGGAAGUCGACAAAGACCAAACAUUGAACUUGGCCCAUCAAAUAUUGGCAAAGGCACAUCCAGACAGUAUUAACACCAUCAAAAACUGGAUCAAGGUCAUUCAAACCAGAUGGGAAGAAGUAUCCCAAUGGGCUUUGGCCAGACACCAGAAACUGUCUCAACAUAUGCAAUCACUGCGUGACUUGGAUGAGAAUCUAGAGGAACUUAUCAAAUGGCUCUUGGGUCUGGAGAACACUCUUAACGCUCUCAAGAGGGAAGAAUUGCCUGAUAACAUCCCAGCUACAGAAGAACUCAUCGAACACCACAAGGAGUUCAUGGAAAAUACACAAAAACGCCAGUCGGAGGUCGACAAGAUUUGCAAAGCUAAACAGGUUAAAGCUGCUCAGGGUCCUAAAGAUCCCAAGAAGUUUGGAAAGGGCAAAGGAUCCAUUCGUGGAUCCCAGCACGAUAUUCGCGAACAAUCUCCUGACACUUAUGGCUCUCUUGGCAGAAAACAAAGCUUCAAAGGUUCCAGAGAUUUGUUGUCUCAAAGAGGAAGUCGUGCAAGUCCAGGCCGUGAACUUAGCCCAGACCCAUCAUUGCCCCACAUUGGGCCCAGGUUCCCUCCUACUGGAAGCGAACCGGAAUUCCGGUCACCAAGAGUCAAAUUCCUGUACGACAAAUGGCGUCACGUGUGGAUGAUGUCGUGGGAGCGUCAACGCGAGCUCCAUGACCAUCUGGCUUACUUGAAGGAGAAGGAGAAGGCAGAUAACUUCUCAUGGGACGACUGGAGGAAGAGGUUCCUCAAGUUCAUGAACUACAAGAAGAGCAGGCUCACUGAUCUGUUCAGGAAGAUGGAUAAAGAUAACAACGAGCUUAUUCCAAGGGAAGACUUCAUUGACGGCAUCAUUAAGACCAAAUUCGAUACGUCACGUUUGGAAAUGAAACACGUGGCUGACAUGUUCGACUUCGAGAACCGAGGUUUGAUCGACUGGAAGAAGUUCAUCGCCGCCUUGAGGCCCGAUUGGGAAGAAAAGGCACCCGACACCGACGCCCAAAAGAUCCAUGACGAAGUCAAGAGGCUGGUCAUGUUGUGUACCUGUCGACAACGGUUUAAGGUUAUGCAAGUUGGAGAAGGAAAAUACAGAUUCGGUGAAAGUCAAAAACUUCGCCUUGUCCGUAUUUUGAGAAGUACCGUGAUGGUACGUGUAGGCGGAGGUUGGGUUGCUUUAGAUGAGUUCUUGCAGAAGAACGAUCCAUGCAGAGCCAAGGGACGCACCAACAUAGAGCUCCGCGAGCAAUUCAUACUCGCGGACGGCGUGUCACAGACCAUGACUGCUUUCAAAUCGAAGCCGGUCGCCUCGAGUCCCACUUCCGGUUCCUCGCAAUCGUCACUGCGCACUCCCCAGGGACCGAUCACCAAGGUCAGAGAACGUUCACAGAGAUCCGUGCCAAUGGGUAGCUUGAACAGAACGCACAAGUCUUCAUUAUCAGCAGGCACACCGGAUUCGUUGUCCGAUAACGAAAGCGGCGCCUUCCGUACGCCAAGGAGACCUUCUUACAAUAGGUCGCAGCUGACACCGGGCGGCUCCAAGAAUAAUUCCAGGCCCGCCUCCAGGACAGGCAGUCGACCAGGAAGUAAACCCCCAUCCAGGCACGGUUCCAACCUUUCACUCGACAGCACAGAUGAUGCGACACCAAGCAGAAUUCCAAGAAGAACACCUACCUCAGGACGCACAGGCUCCACGGUAUCGUCUGCGAGAAAAACGUUGAACGGUAGCGCCGGCUCCAGGACACCCUCAGGGUUGAUUUCUCCGGCCAGUCCUGCUACCAGAUCAUCGUGCAUACCCAGAGCAUCAAGCAUACCGACAUUAACGGGGCUGACGAAUACUGGCACCAGGUCUCGCAUACCUGUGUACAAGGGAACUAGCGGGGACACUGACCCCGAAUCACCUUCUACGUCAAGCUCAUGUUCUAUAAGCUUUUCAUCUGGAACAAAGUCAACAGCUUCGCGCUCUAGCAAGUCGAAAAUACCUAUUUCUAGGAGUGCUGGCAAAAUCCGACAAGUGACAAUUCCAAAUGCUCCCAAUUUAAGGACGGCGUCUAGGACAAGAACACCUUCAGGCUCCAACACACCCGUACCAUUAGAUCAACCAACUGCAGUUUCUAGGUUGUUGAAGAAGUCUACGGCAGCCGGUGAAACUCCCAGGAUGGGUGCUAAGCGAAAAACCAGCAUCGAACACAGGGAGCCGUUCAGGUUAUAAAUUGCCUGAACAUUUAACUUAUUAUUCCACAAUUUACAAAUGACUGACAUUACGUUGUAACUUUUAUUGUAUGCAGAUUCAAAUUGUUCAUAUUUUUGUAAAAAUUAAAGUAAUUUAUUGAGGGUACGUUUGUCGAAUGGGAAAUCGCCAGUUCCCAUUCGACAACGCCGAUUUGUGUAAAUCACGAUUAGUUGUAUGAAUCACACCAGUUUAUUUUUUUUCGAGUAUUAUACCAAAUUGGUUUGGUUUUAUUUAGAUAUGUGUGAUUUUAUGAAUAAUUUUUUUUUUGUAAUUAGUUGCCAUAUUACAAAAUCGAAGAUUCUGUUUUAUUUAAUGGAUACAUUUUUAAAUUGUUCGAUUUUGAUUUAUAUAGAUUUGUAAAUUGGUUUAAAAGGGACCAUUUAUUUUUAUUUUAUUUAGUUUACUAAUUCACUUAACAACGCUUCAUACAAUUUUCUUUUGAUAUUAAUGAAAAUGAAUAUAGGAUGAUGAUGAAAACGUGUGAUUACCAUUGUUAUUUAGCUUAUCUUUUAUAUUCGCCAGUGUAAAAGGUCAGCUUUAUAAGAACUUAAUUUAUAUGUAACGCUUUUGUAUUAUUUAACUACAUAUUAUAAUUGUUAUUUAAUAAAAACUAAAUUUUAUUAAUA